AUGAAUUUUAACUGGGCUAAUGAAUUAGCAAAGAAUGCCCUGAAAACGGCGCAGAAACGUAUCGAUUCCGUACUUGAUAUUGCACCGGAUGAUGAGAUAGAAAACGAUGAGAGCGUAAGUACUAUAAUAAUAUCUUCUGUAAAUCAAACUCUGGAACAUGAGAAACAAUCAGAACAUGAAGAUUGGGAUGAAACAAAUUCUUCGUUCACUUCCGCAUACGAUGGAACUUCAGGCGUUGAAGUAGUCGAUUCGGAACCUAAUCCUAUUCGUGACAGUCAUCAUGCUGGGCUAUUACCGCAUUCACCAUGUUCGAAUUCUCCGGAAGAAGAGUUGGUGUGCAGUGGAGAAGAGCAGGAUAUUUCACGUGCAAAUGAUAUCCAAAAACAUAAGGGUUCAGAGCCUUUAGAGGAGGAUAGUAAGAAUUUUGUUGCGGAGAGUUCAUCGCAUAGGAACGAUAAGCAGCAUGAUGAUACUUUAACACUUAUAUCAAGCGAUUUCGAGAUACUUCGUCAAAGCGAUUCGUGUUCGAUGGCAAGCAGUAUACCGCCUAAAAUUCUUCCCCUUCCAUUAUCAGAUGCAUCAGCAACGGACGCUAAUCAACAGGCAAAAGUGGAAGACAGUAGUAAUUUAAUCAGCAAACAGCAUACCAAUACUGAAACAGCUCAUUUAAGAACACAAAUUCAGUAUCAAGAAAGACGAAUUCGUGAUCUUCAAUUCCAGAAUCAAAAGCUAGAAGCAAAAUCCAAAGAACUACUUGCCUUAAAAGCGAUACGAACACAGCAGAGCACAACCGAAGCAAAACUUCUGAAGAAACUGAACGAGAAGGAAACGAAAUUAGUGGAUCUUUUGCGAGAAGGUGAGAAAUUAGCUGAAACGAAUGGAAAAUUGACGAAAGAGCUAAAGAGACUUAGAGCUAGCCUCGCUGAACAGGAGCAGUUAGCAAAAAAAGGGACCGAGGCUGAAACUGAUCGAGAUUUGGCUAGGGAAGAAGCUCGAGGUCUUGCAGCAGAGAUUACGAAAUUACGGGCUACGGUGAAAUUUCUCGAAUGUGAUUUAACGGAAUUAAAAGUAGCGAAUGAAGGUCUAACAACUGAUUUGAAGAGGAAGGACGAUAAAAUUAAUAAAUUGUUGGCAGAUCUUCAGCAAUCAGAAACAAGUCGGGAAUUAGCUCACGAAGAAUUGAAGCGAUUAGAAAAUGCUUUUGAAGAAGUUUCAACUAAAGUAAGACAAAAAGAAAUGUCAUCAAAGAGUAUCGAAGAAAUCACUCGAGGACUAAAUGCAGAUCUCGAAGAAGAGAAAAAGAAAAAUGAACGACAAUCAGCUUACAUAGAUUCGCUGGAAAAGAGACUUAGUGAAAUGAUGGAAGAACAUCAGAAUAAUGCCGAGAUGAUUGCUGCUGUUAGUGCUCCACUGCUGGAAUCGAUACAAAAUUUGGAAGAAAAAGUUUCGACAAAGGAUAAAGAAUACGAACAAAUUGUAUGCGAAAAGGAAACAGUUAUAAGUGCGCUGAAUUCGGAGAAAGGACAGCUUUCACUUAAAAAUGAAGAAGCAAAGAGAGAAAAUGAAAAGGACGACAAGAAUAUUAAUGCUGAAGAUAUGGCAUAUCAUUCUGAUACUAUCAAUGAUUCGAAGCAGUUAACAGGAAGUGAAGAGAAAUUGAAAGAAAUGAGGACACGAUCAGACUUUAUAUUUUUAAAUGAAGUGGGUGAAGGAUCAUUUUCGACGGUAUAUCAUGUCAAGGAAAGAAGUACAGGAAGAGAAUUAGCAGCAAAAGUAUGCUUCAAAAAGCAAAUAAUUCGUGAAAAGAAAAUCGAUUAUAUUUUCCGGGAAAAGGAAGCUUUAAUACGAUUAACGAACAAUGGUAAAAAGCAUCCAUUCUUGGCACAAAUUAUGUGUACAUUUCAAGAUACUGAAAAUCUUUACAUUGUAAUGACGUUGGCUAAAAAAGGUGAUUUAUUGAAAUUAAUGCGGAAAUCGGGUGGAAAAUUUGAUUUGAACUUGACACGAUUUUAUACUAGUGAAAUUGUGGUAGCAUUGGAGCAUAUGCAUUCACUGAAAAUAAUUCAUCGUGAUCUAAAACCGGAAAAUAUUCUAAUCUCUGAGACAGGUCAUAUCCUUGUUUCUGAUUUUGGUUCUGCUAAAAUUCUUGAUCGCGCAAAACCAAACAGGCAGACGACAGUUAGACCGGAGACUCUGAAGCGGCGAAGCUCUUUUGUUGGUACAGCACAAUUUGUUAGUCCGGAGGUGCUAAAGGGUGAACCAGUGCAACAAGCUUGUGAUUACUGGGCUUUAGGCGUUAUCAUAUAUCAGCUGCUUACCGGUAAACAUGCAUUCCAUGAUAUAUGUGAAUAUCUGAUUUAUCGACGAAUUAUGAGUGCUACUUAUAAGAUUCCGGACGAUAUUCCGGAAAUUGCGGGAAGUAUUAUAAGGAAAUUAUUGGUCGUGGAAGUGAGGGAUCGUUUGGGUUCCAUUGAAUCCGGUGGAGCUGAAGCUGUAAAGAAAGAAUCGUUUUUCGAUGGUAUACAAUGGGAGUCAAUUACGGAAAGCAAAGUGCCGCAACUGCCAUUUGAUUCUGAAGAAUAUUAA